AUGUCUUCAUCUUCAUCUUCAUCUACAAACAAGUACACAGGUCCCAAUUUAAAUGUGACUUUAACAUGUCCUGAUUGCAAACUUUUUCCGCCUGAUUUAAUAGAAAGAUUCAGUGAAGGAGAUAUUAUCUGUGGACAAUGUGGAUUGGUCUUAAGUGAUAGAAUAGUUGAUACUAGAUCAGAAUGGAGAACUUUUCAAAAUGAUGAUAAGAAUAGUGAUGAUCCAUCACGUGUUGGUGAAGCAAGUAAUUCAUUAUAUGAUACUGAAGAUUUAACUACCAUGAUUUCAUAUACCGCUAAUCCUGGAGGUUCCGGAUCCAAGAAUAAUUUAAAUAAAAUUCAACAGAAAAGUCUCGUCGAUAAAAAGAAUUAUGCAUUACAAGCUGCUUAUCAAAGAAUAUCUGAAUUAUGUAAUGGUUAUCAAUUACCUAAAUCAGUUAGUGAUGCUGCUAAACAUUUAUAUAAAGCAGUAAGGGAUGAUAGAUUAUUAAAAGGUAAGUCUCAAGAUGCAAUAAUGGCAUCAACUAUCUUGUUAGGUUGUCGAAGAGCAGAAGUACCUAGAACUUUAGAAGAAAUAAGAGCAUUGACUAAUGUACCUACAAAACAAAUAGCUAAAAUUACAAGAUUAAUUAAAAAAAUCAUUCAUUCACAUUUAAAUAGUGAUGAUGCUGCUGCUGCAAUUGUUGAUGAAACAACAAAUUUAACUACUCAUUCAGCAGAAGAUUUAAUUCGACGAUUUUGUUCUCAUUUAGGGUUAAAUCCAAUCAUUACAAAUGGUUCUGAAUAUAUUGCUAGAAAAUGUAAUGAAUUAGGGAUUUUAGCUGGUAGAUCACCAACCACUAUUGCCGCUACUUCAAUUUAUCUUGCAGCUAAAGUUCUUGGUGACACAAAGUUAACUCAACAACAAAUUCGAGAUAAAACUGGUGUAAGCAUAGGUACAAUUAAAAAUUCAUACAAGAUUUUAUACGAAAAAGCUAGAGAAUUGGUCGACCCUUCUUGGGAAGAACAUGGAAAAGUAAAAUGGGAUAAUAUUCCUAAAAGUUGA